AUGGUUUAUAUGAUACCACAAGUACAUUACAGUACAUGGCAGUAUGGAAUAGUAAGCAAGAUAAAGAUAUUAAAUGUGAAGCCUACCACACAUACACACUACAGUACAUAUGUGACAUUGGAUGUAUUAGUUCCACCAUCAUCGCCAGUGAUAGAUGGUUAUAACAAUAAUGACGACUUUCCUGUGAAUGCUGGAAGGUCUUCUACUCUGACUUGCACAGCUACGGCAAAACCUGCUCCUACUAUAGAGUGGUAUAUUGAUAAUACACUACAGUCGACUACGAUGACAUCACCUACUCCUAAUUCAGAAGACAGUGAAUUAUUUGAUGUAUCCAGUAUAUUCACAUUUAUACCACAGUGGAAUAACCAUCUACAAUACGUUAUAUGUAAAGUUGAUAAUGAUGCUAUUGGAAAAGCUGUAGUGACGAGGGUUAAACUUGACGUAAAUGUUGCUGUCAAUACAAUUGUAAUAUCAGAUGAUGCUAAUACUGGUGGAUAUACAUCAGAUGAUGACGUCAUAGUUACAGAUGGUCUAUCACAUACACUGACGUGUGAAACCAUUGGGUCCAAGCCUGCAGCUUCUAAUAUAUACUGGGACACUCAGAAUAUACCAGUUGUACAGUCAUCAAAGUCUGACAGUCCAAACAGUGGAGACAGUAGAUUAUUUGAUACAACAUCUACUAUAGAAUUUACACCAUUGUGGUCAUAUCAUAGUAAAACUAUCGCAUGUGAAGGAAAAUUUACACCAUUGUGGUCAUAUCAUAGUAAAACUAUCGCAUGUGAAGGAAGUAAUUCAGCAAAUAUACAAUCAGUUAUCACAAAUAUUAAACUAGAUGUACAAGAAGAGUCAUCUGGCUUUGUCAUAGUUACUUUUGGUCACAUGACUACAUUAACUUGUGUUGCUAUGGCAGCACGUCCCGCAUCUGACAUACAGUGGACUGUUGAUAAUGAUAAUCCAAAUGACGAUGAGACAAUAUCAGAUAAUACACAAGAUAGUGAUCUGAAAGAUACAACAAGUACCAUGACAUUCACACCAACUUAUCUAGACCAUCAGAAUACAACGUUGACAUGUAAAGCUACAAAUGAUGCAACUAUUGCUAAAGGAAAACCUUUUAUUAAAGAACUUACACUUGAUGUGUGGGUAUCUCCAGACAGUUUAUAUUUUGAUGGUUACCCUGACAACAGUAAUGUUACCAUGGCAUCUGGAGAAUCAUUUCAAAUCACAUGUAUAACUACUAAAGCCCAUCCUGCCGCCAGUAUAGAGUGGUAUAUAGAUGAUGAUAUAAUUACCAGCAAUGUCAACAGUAGAAUAGUAUGGGCUAGCGAUGGUAGAAAAGACACAGUUAGUGAAUUAUCAUUGACACCAAAUAGGGAAGACUUUGGAAAGAAAUUAAAAUGUGAAAAUUUACCAACUGCUGUUAGUGACAAUGUAUAUUAUUGCAAAGCUGGUGACUCACUGUCCAUGGUCCUAUCGGUGGAUGCAUAUCCUCUACCAGUAACAUUUGGUGCAUGGAUGAAAGGUGACCUGGUACUAGACAAUAAUGAAAAUACACCAUCAACAAGUACAGUCACGAUCACUUUAGUAAAUCACAAUCAUUUUGGUAUAUAUAAUGUAAGAGCAACUAAUGAUGUAGGAUGGGUUAUACUCCACGUUGAGCUGCUACAGUCAGACACACCGGCAGCACCUGUUGGUAUAAACAUUAUAGAUCGUUAUUAUGAUUCGUUGACACUACAAAUACUACCCGGAAGUCAUGGUGGAGAUCCAGAAAACGUUCUGUACUUUGUAGAAUAUCGUUCACCACUGGAUAUCGUGUUUGUGCCAUGGCCGUCAGAUGGAAUGGGAACACGCAACAUGACUGUAUAUUUACUGCAGUUAGUACCAUCCACAGCGUACGAAAUCAGGGCAAAGGCAAAAAACAACAACGGAAUGGGAGAGUUUUCAAGUAUACAAUUGUUUAAUACAUAUUUUAAACCAACUGUUACAAUGAAUGCAGGGACUAAUACACUUGCCUGGUCACGACAUGAAAAUAUUAAAUACCAAUGUGUGAAGAUUGAAAAGAAAGACGCAUAUGGAAGGCUGGUUGUUGUACAGGAAUGCAUUGAUAGAGAUAUAUUAAUGUAUAAAGUAGAUGAUACAAGCGUUACGUACAUUGUGACAUAUUGUGAAAUUAAUGGUAAAUGUGAAAAACGUGGGUUUGAAGCUAGUUACGCAUUAUCUGAAGAACCUGUUUGUGGGACAUGUAAUGUUGGUAUUAUUAGUGGAAUACUGGUUACCACGUUGAUAUGUUCUGGAGUUGUCAUUGGUGUUUUACUUGUUUUAUACAGACGUGCAAAGAAUUACAGAACAAAACAGCAUUCUGAAGAUGCUCGAAUCUAUACAACAGUUUCCCCCCUGACAGGAAAUGUCGAACACGCAUAUGAAACAACAAUGGCAAUGCAAAUUAAGGCGCAUGGAGAAGAUAAUAAUUACAUGUCACUCUCUCCAGAUACCCGGGAGCUUGAUUCAACAUAUCAAAUGCCAAGUACAGUUGGGGUCAAGACUGCCAAUGAAAGCGCUGUACGUUUCAUCGGUUUUGAUGUUGGUGGACCAUUAGAUGUUGAUAUUCUACAAGAAGAAGAUGCUACUCUGCAAUGUGUUACCACAGACUUAUCUGGUAGUAUAGGAAAGUGGUCUAAAGUUGAUGAGGCUGAUGAGAUAUUCAAUUUACUCAGUCCCGGUGCAUAUGUUGGCACUGGUCACGAUUCUACAAAACACUUUGACUGGAGUGUGGAUACUACUGGUACACACCACUAUGAUUUAAAGAUACCCAAUAUAGAUAUCAACGAUGAAGGAUGUUAUUUUUGUGGGAUUGGAACUGCAUACUCAAACAUUCCGCCAUUAUCUCCAGUGAUAGAUGGGUAUAACAAUGAUGACGAUUUUACUGUAAAUGCUGGAAGGUCUUCUACUCUGACUUGUACAGCUACUGCAAAACCUGCACCUACUAUAGAGUGGUAUAUUAGUAAUACACUACAGUCAACUACAAUGACGUCAUCUACUCCUAAUUCAGAGGACAGCGAAUUAUUUGAUGUGUCCAGUACAUUUACAUUUACACCACAGUGGAGUAACCAUCUACAAUACGUCAAAUGUAAAGCUGAUAUUGAUGCUAUUGGAAAUGCUGUAACAACGAAGCUUAAACUUGACGUGAAUGUUGCUGUCAAUACAAUUACAAUAUCAGAUGAUGUUAAUACUGGUGGAUAUACAUCAGGUGAUGACGUCAUAGUUACAGAUGGUCUAUCACAUAUACUGACGUGUGAAACCAUUGGAUCCAAACCCGCAGCUUUCAAUAUAGAUUGGGAUACUAAUGGUAUAACAGUUGUACAGUCAUCCAUGUCUGACAGUCCAAACAAAUUUACACCAUUGUGGUCAUAUCAUAGUAAAACUAUUACAUGUGAAGGAAGUAAUUCAGCAAAUAGACAACCAGUUAUCACAGAUAUUAAACUAGAUGUACAAGUAUCUCCUAACAGUGUUACCAUUUCAGAAGAGUCGUCAGGCGUUGUCAUAGUUACGUCUGGUCACUUGAGUACAUUGACUUGUGGUGCUAUGGGAGCACGCCCUGCAUCUGACAUACAGUGGGCUGUUGAUAAUGAUAAUCCAGAUGACGAUGAGACAAUAUCAGAUAAUACACAAGAUAGUAAUCUGAAAGAUACAACAAGCACCAUGACAUUUAUAACAACUUAUCUAGUCCAUCAGAAUACAACAUUGACAUGUAAAGCUACAAAUUAUGCAACUGUUGCUAAAGGACAACCUGUUAUUAAAGAACUUACACUUGAUGUAUGGGUAUCUCCGGAAAGUAUAUAUGUUGAUGGUUAUCCUGACAGCAGUAAUGUCACCAUGACAGCGGGAGAAUCAUUUGACAUCAUGUGUAGAACUACCAAAGCCCAUCCUGCUGCCAGUAUACAGUGGUAUAUAGAUGAUGAUAUAAUUACCAGCAAUGUCAACAGUAGAAUAUUAUGGGAUAGCGAUGGUAGAAAAGACACAGUUAGUGUAUUAUCAAUUAUACCAAAUAGAAUUGAUUUUGGAAAGAAAUUAAAAUGUGAAAGUAAUCAUGAUGUCCAGAAUAAUCCACAGACUAUAUUUGUCAAUAUAAUUGUACAAUAUUCUGCUGUAAUUUUCAAUGACACUUUGGAUACAAGUUCAGCAGAUCAAGGUCAAAAUGCUACCAUUGUGUGUACGUCUAUGGGAUAUCCAAUACCAGAUAUAACGUGGUACACAUGGACUGAUGGUAGUGCAGUGGAACUUAUGAGUGAUAUGAGCAGAAUUGUGAUGAAACAUGAACCAUAUGCAGUUAAUAGAACAAUACGAAGCACAUUGUAUAUACUAAACGUGAUACCUGAAGUAGACCAUGGUGUAUAUACAUGUCAUGCCAGUAAUAUUAUUGGUAGUGAUUACUUCAAUAUUACACUGGCUGGGAAAAGAGAACCAGGUUCACCCACCAAUGUGAGAACAACGGGUAUAUCAUGGGACUCUGUCAAUAUUACAUGGGAUAUAGGAUACAACGGUGGAUCAUCACAAUGGUUUUAUGUGUCAUACAGACAGAUCUAUGUCAAUGUUUUUAUCAGAUCAAAUACAGUUGAGAUGCCACCUUAUUACAUCAAUGGAUUGAAUUCAUCUACUGAAUAUGAAAUAUAUGUAACAGCUGAAAAUGUGAUUUCCGUUAGUGAACCAAGCGAAACGAUCACAUUUAUAACUUCAGCAGCACCAAUCAGCAUUGAGUACUCACCUAAAAACGUUCCAACCAAUCCUCGUGUUUAUAUAGGCCCUUUGGUUGGAAUAGUUGCCGUAAUUGCAUUGGCCACUGCAGCGGGUGUAAUAUUCAUGAGAAGAAGGGGUAAACAAAACAAAGACUCGACAUUAGAAGAACGACAGGACCAUGAAUUGCCAGAGAGAACAUCAACAGCUACUUACGAGAAUGUUAGGCCAGAAUUAUCGAAAAAGCCUACUAACGAUGACAAUGUGUACGCCUCUCUUAACCACGACGGAAAAGAAAAUAUUUACAUGGCUGCAGGACAACAAAUAUUAGAAUUUCCCAGAAAUGAUAUGAGCAUGAAAAGUAUAUUAUCUGCUGGUCGAUUCUAUGAAUUGACAAAAUGUGUUGCUUGGAAUGGAACAGGUGGUCAGUCAGAUGUUGUGAUUAAGAAAAAUAUUGUUGCAGCAGCGAUCACUGUUACUGUACCUGGAUCACCUGUCACUUCAAUUGAGACCACAUCAGCACCUGGAAUCACAAGACAUGACAUUCAAGACCAAGCAAGUAUACUUAUAACGGAUACACAGUUAAGUGAUGCUGACAAGUAUUGGUGUCAAGUAGAACGUUUAGGUGAUCCGAGAGAUGAAAAAUCAAUCAGUCUAACAGUAACACCUGCAACACCACCAUCUCAGCCUACAAUAAGUAUUACAGCUGGUAGUAAUCCAUCUAAUGCAG